AUGGAAAAUGGAUCAAAGAAAUGGGGUUUUCAAGCAAACAAGAGCCUCAGCACCUCAUCAGCAAUCACAGUCCGUGGAGUUCUUAACCUCUUACUGGACAAACUCAAUAAAGAAGACAGAAGACAAGUUAUACCAUUAGCCCAUGGUGACCCUUCUGCUUUUCCUUGUUUUCGUACAACUCCUGUGGCUGAUGAGGCUGUUGCAGAUGCUGUAAGAUCUGCUAAGUACAACCAUUAUGCCCCAACUGUUGGUCUUCUUCCUGCUAGAAGGGUGGGACCAUCUAAGGAUUUCAUAGUCACAGAAACUAGAGGGCCCCAUAUUUGGGACCCACUGACCAGGUUAGAAACGUUUAAGAUCGUCGUUGAUAAUGCUUGCAAGAAGAAGGCUCGCAAAGUUUUUAUCAGGGUUUUCCUUCGAAAGAGUGUUGCAGAUUACCUUAAUCGUGAUCUACCAUACAAGUUAUCACCGGAUGAUGUCUUUCUUACAAUUGGUUGCACACAAGCAAUUGAAAUCACAUUAACUGUACUUGCUCGACCUGGUGCCAACAUUUUGCUUCCAAGACCUGGAUUUCCAUACUACGAAGCUCGCGCUACACAUAGUCAUCUUGAAGUUCGCCAUUUUGAUCUUUUCCCUGAAAAGGGUUGGGAAGUUGAUCUUGAAGCUGUUGAAGCUCUGGCAGAUGAGAAUACAGUAGCCAUGGUCGUCAUAAACCCUGGCAAUCCUUGUGGAAGUGUCUACAGCUUUCAACAUUUACAGAAGAUUGCAGAGACAGCUAGAAAGCUUGGAAUUAUGGUGAUUGCUGAUGAAGUCUAUGGCCACCUGACAUUUGGGAGUACUCCAUUUGUGCCAAUGGGAGUCUUUGGAUCAAUUGUGCCUGUCCUUACACUAGGGUCCAUUUCGAAGAGAUGGAUUGUUCCUGGCUGGCGGAUUGGUUGGCUUGUCACAAGUGAUCCUCACGGCAUCCUUCAAGAUUCUGGGGAAUUGGCUGGUCAUGAUGGUUCGAAAACUUUUGUUGUUGAGUCAAUCAAGGCUUGCCUCGACAUUUCUUCUGAUCCUGCAACAUUCACUCAGGGUGCAAUUCCUCAAAUCAUUGAGAAUACGCCAAAGGAUUUCUUUUCAAAAAUUAAUAACAUACUUAGAGAAGCUGCAGACAUAUGCUAUGAAAAAAUUCAGGACAUCCCUUGCAUUACUUUACCGCAUAAACCUGAGGGUUCUAUGUUUGUAAUGGUAAAAUUGAAUUUGUCUUUAUUGGAAGGCAUUGAUGAUGAUAUGGAAUUUUGUCAAAAGCUGGUCCAAGAGGAAUCGGUGAUGAUACUCCCAGGAAUUACUGUGGGAAUGAAAAAUUACCUUCGCAUAACUUUUGCCAUUGAGCCUUCAGCUCUUGAAGUUGGCCUGGAAAGGCUAAAAGCCUUUUAUGAAAGGCACGCCAAGAAGCAAUAA